AGCUUUAAAUGCUAAUGAGGAGGAGAGAGGCGGGGCAAGGUGGAGGGUGGGUGUGUGGCCUUAACCAGCUUGCUGCCACGGUACCAUGCGCUAAUGUUGACAGUGGAUGUAUCGCAAUGGCUCGCAGACACGCAGUCGUUCAAGAUUUUCAGUUUGACCCAGAAUCUGAUCCUGAUGGAGAAGCACCAGAUGAAGAAGUUGCAACUCAGCGGCUGCAGAAGGACGUAUCUGGAUACGUGAACAGCACAUGUGUGAAGGAAAAUCAGCUGCGCUGUGGUGAACACUCUGAUUAUGGUAGUAUCACUAUGGUGUUCCAAAGCCCAGAGGGUGGACUGCAGGUUCUGAACCGGGCUGGAGAGUUAGUUUCAGCCCCCAGCAUUCCUGGAACAGUUCUGAUUAACAUAGCAGACCUGAUGCAAAGGUGGAACAGCGUUGUCUACGUGUCUGCCGUUCAUAGGGUUUUGCUGCCCCCUGCAUGUGACUCCAGCACACGUCAGUCUUUGGCCUUCUUUGUACAACCUGAUGAUGAGGCCAUCAUUUCAUGCUGCUAUGGAUCAGAUAAAUAUCCUCCUGGCCCUGAAAACCUAGCCUGCAGUGCAGAACCUAGAAGUGGAAGGACUAACACCAAAUCUCCAGUUUCAGAGGCCCACACACAGAGGCUUUAUUGUGUAUUGCUGUACACCCAAAGCGCUUUACAAUUAUGUAGGGGGGGGGUCUCUCCUCAACCACCACCAGUGUGCAGCAUCCACUUGGAUGAUGCGACGGCAGCCACAGGACAACCUCGCCAGUGCACUCACCACACACCAGCUACAGGUGGAGAGGAGAGAGAGUGAUAGAGUCAAUUCAGUGGAUGGGGAUUAUUAGGAGGCCAUGAUUGACAAGGGCCAGAGGAGGGAACUUUGGCCAGGACACUGGGUUACACCCCUACUCUUUACAAUGAGUGUCUUGGGAUUUUUAAUGACCACAAAGAGUCAGGACCUCGGUUUAACGGCUCAUCCGAAAGACAGAUGCCCGAACACUAAUUCGGCCGGACUGAAUCCCAGAGAUUCUUGCACUGUCUCACGGACAGCAAACAUAGACAUCGGCAGACUUUCAUCCCAGUUCUUCCCCGUUUCCAUGCAGAAUGUGCGCAGCAUGAACUUGAGAGUCUGGUGGAAAUGUUCGAGCGCCCUGAGACUCGGGAUGAUAGGCACUUGAAAUUUGAUGCUUAACAGCCAGUUUGCGGAGAACCUGGGAGAACAGUGUGGAGGUGCUAUUGUAACUGCUGGAAUUGGAAUUUAAAAUGAGAAGUAUUGGGCAAGAUGGGCAAGGGUUGGUGCCUUAGUGGAACGUGAUAGCAGCUCUGAGUUCGAGGGGUCAGUGGAGCCAGCUUUGGUGGGUGAGGGCAAUCCUAUGUAAUGUAACAAAUUACAACCCAUACUACAACAGUCGAACAGCAUCACUUGAAAGUUUUAAUAAUCAGCUGGGCUGUCAUACUUACAGGAGGAAAGAACAGGUAUGCCAAAUUUACUGUGAAUGUAGUACAAUUCUCAUUUGGUUUUUAUAUGAUCAUUAAUGGGUUAUGGAAGUAAUGUCACCUUCCAUGGAAACGCAAGUACUUUAAACACUUCAUUCAGCAGGCAUGCAAGUUUUGGAUGCAAGGUAUUGUUUGUUAGCUUUGAUUUCAGAUAACAGAGUCCUCGCUCCAUUAUGUAGAUGCAUAGGACAAAUACAUGUUAUUGUUAUAGCAUUUAAUAGUAAAACUGGACAGUGAAAUGCUCCAAAACUAACACGUUCUAUGUAAUAUUUCCAAAAAGGACAAUUUACUCAGAGCCUGCUGGAUCUCCAAGUAAGACGGAGGCAAAGGCCCACAUCUCAUGAAACAAUGACAGCUACCUCAAGAUGCACAACAUAAAACCUUUGUAGGUCAACAUCAACAACACAGAAGCCCUGAAUCUUCACAGACCUGUGGACAUAUGUUGAGACAGGUGAAUAACGGGCUUCAUGACAGUGAAUAUCAGUAUCAAGGUGGUGUGGUUUUGUGAUUGAUCUGUCUAGAGUUGGUGGAUCUUCUGUCAGAGACUUUAUGAACAAAGUAACGAUCGGAUGCUUUGAAGAGGUGGAGGCCCAAUACUACAGACUCAGACAUUGAUGCAGCAAUGGUGGAACACAUGAAUCACGCUCCUGGAAGAGCUGGUUGUUUGUGGACCAAGAAAAUGAGAGUAAACAUUUGGGAAAAUAAAAAUGUAAAGACUCUAAAAAAAAUUGUUCCAUAUGUGUUCACUAUGAUCCUGUACUUUUGUUUUCUUGUUUAAAUAAUGUCUGCUAAUGUAAAACUGUUAGAGAAAAUGCCAUUGCCACAGAUUUAGAAUUAACCACAUACUA